AUGACCCUCUCCGGCGGCGGCAGCGCCAGCGACAUGUCCGGCCAGACGGUGCUGACGGCCGAGGACGUGGACAUCGAUGUGGUGGGCGAGGGCGACGACGGGCUCGAGGAGAAGGACAGCGACGCGGGCUGCGAUAGCCCCGUGGGGCCGCCGGAGCUGCGCCUGGACGAGGCGGACGAGGUGACGCCAGCGGUACCCCACCACGGGCAGCCUCAGCCUCCGCACCAGCAGCUGGCAUUGCCCAAAGAGGCGACUGGAACCGGGGCUGGGCCAGGGGGCGAGGCGGGCGCUUCCGAAGCUGACGGCUGCAAGGGUGGCGUUGGCAGCGAGGAGGGCGGCGGGAGCGGCGGCGGGCCCGGCUCGGGCAGCGGUGCGGCGGGAGGCCUGGCCCCCAGCAAGCCCAAGAACAGCCUGGUGAAGCCGCCCUACUCGUACAUCGCGCUCAUCACUAUGGCUAUCCUGCAGAGUCCGCAGAAGAAGCUGACCCUGAGCGGCAUCUGCGAGUUCAUUAGCAACCGCUUCCCCUACUACCGGGAGAAGUUCCCCGCUUGGCAGAACAGUAUCCGCCACAACCUCUCGCUCAACGACUGCUUUGUCAAGAUCCCCCGCGAGCCGGGCAACCCGGGCAAGGGCAACUACUGGACCCUGGACCCGCAGUCCGAAGACAUGUUCGACAACGGCAGCUUCCUGCGGCGCCGGAAACGCUUCAAGCGCCACCAGCAGGAGCACCUGCGCGAGCAGACGGCGCUCAUGAUGCAGAGCUUCGGCGCUUAUAGCCUGGCGGCGGCAGCAGGAGCCGCGGGGCCCUACGGCCGCCCCUACGGCCUGCACCCCGCGGCCGCGGCUGGCGCCUACUCUCACCCGGCUGCUGCGGCGGCAGCGGCAGCGGCCGCGGCGCUUCAGUACCCAUACGCGUUGCCGCCAGUGGCACCCGUGCUGCCGCCUGCCGUGCCGCUGCUGCCCUCGGGCGAGCUGGGCCGCAAAGCGGCUGCCUUCGGCUCGCAGCGGCCGGGCCUGCAGCUGCAGCUCAACAGCUUGGGCGCUGCGGCGGCCGCCGCGGGCACGGCGGGCGCUGCGGGCACCACGGCGUCACUGAUCAAGUCCGAGCCGCGCGCGGCCGCGUCGUUCAGCAUCGAAAACAUCAUUGGCGGGGGCCCGGCGGCGCCCGGGGGCUCGGCGGCGGGCGCUGGGGGCGCCGGGGUAACUGGGGGCACUGGGGGGGGGGGCGGCAGCGCAGCACAGUCCUUCCUGAGGCCGCCCGGGACCGUGCAGUCCGCGGCGCUCAUGGCCACGCACCAGCCGCUGUCGCUGAGCCGGACGACGGCCACCAUCGCACCCAUCCUGAGCGUGCCGCUCUCUGGACAGUUCCUGCAGCCAGCAGUCGCCGCGGCUGCUGCCGCCGCUGCAGCGCAAGCCAAAUGGCCCGCUCAAUAG